GAAAAGAGGAGCGACCCAGGGAUGUGUGUGCUUUCGGGACCUUUAACAGAAUGUGACUGGCAGAAUGUGACUGGUGUGUAUGUGGAGGGUGAGGGCUGCAUUAGGUAUCUCAGAUAGGGGGGAGUGAGGCCUAAGAUUAAUGCCCAUGAUUUUGGAAUGAUAUCUUCGAUGAGGAUACUUUUGGUCAUGUAGUGUAUGAGUGUAGAGCGAUCAUAAUAGCCUACUAAUGGAGUCAAUAAAGUUUUAAUCACAUUCGUACUAUUGAAUGUGAAGCAUUCUGGAGAAUGUCCGAAACAGGGACGAAGUCCAACAAAAGUGACGCCGGGAAAACUAUUGACUGUUGAGGGGAGGAAGCUUGAGAAAGGGAAAGAGAAGGGGCAGUAGAGGACCAAAAUAUAUUGGAGGGUGAAACAGUAGCAGAGCCGAGGAGGACAUGAAAUCGAAGAAGCACUUCCUUAUCAGUUGAUCUUGUGGAGAGGGGGGUAAAUUCGUGCUGUGGUAGUGGUAGUGUCGCGCCUUCUAAUACGUUUUAAAUGAGGUAGUGUGGAUAACACGGUCUCCGCUGUUUGUGUGUGCGCGUGGAGGGGGGGUAGUUCGUAAUGACUUUUCAGCCUUGAUACAAUUAGGCUGUACAACUAAAAACGGACUGAUCCCUUGGCGCAUGAGAAGCUCGAGGGAAUGUGAGAGGGAAGGAACUGUAAUACAGUACAACAAUGCCAUGGACAGUGACUUGGGAAGAUCCCGUUUUGGGUGCACUUGUUAGGUCUAUUUCGUCAUAACGCAUUGAUCCAAUUUAUGAUGGAGUGGCUUGGAUUUUCCUGUUUGCUGUUCGGUGUGUUACUCCGGCCAAGCAACACACAAAACGUUGUGCCUGACACAGCUCUGAACUGUUGUGAAGGGGACAUCCUGCUCCUGUUGGAUUCUUCAGGAAGUGUGUCAUCCUAUGAGUUCUCUCGCCUGCUGCGCUUCCUGUCUGAGCUGCUCCUCCCCUUCUCACUUGGGCAGGGCCAGGUGAGGGUGGGGUUGCUGCAGGUGGGCACUGAGCCACACCUGGAGUUUGGUCUGGACGCCCACAGUACCCAGCUUGGCCUGCAGGGGGCACUACAGAGGACCAGGCAGCUCCAGGGGGACACCAACACUGAGGCUGCCCUCAUGCUGGCACAGGGGAUGCUAGCCAGGACUGGAGCUGGGGAUGAAACAAAGCUCCCUAAGGUGCUGGUGUGGCUAACGGACGGGGUAGAGCCAGGCGUGGUGGAUGGACCAAUGGCAGAGCUGAGAACGGCGGGCGUGUCCGUGCUGGCUGUCUCUACAGGACACGGGAACUACCAGGUGCUGCGGAGGGUGGUGACCGCACCCAUCGAGUCCCACCUGUACUUUGUGGACAUCGAUGACAUCAGCAUCAUCACAGAGGACCUGAGGGAGGCCAUCAUUGAGCUGAUCCAUGCUGAGGGCCUGCGGGUGGUAGAGGUGUCCUCCCACAGUGCUGUGCUGCAGUGGCGUCCUGUCCUCAGCGCCAACACAGGCUUCUAUGAGGUCCACUACAAUUCUAUGCUGCCAGGUGGUGGGAAGGGUCAGCCUAGUGGUGGGGCCAGCAGCGGGGUGCAGUACCACAGACGGACCCUCCCUGGGGAUGCCAGUUGGAUAGAGCUGAGUGGUCUGCAACCAGACACCAGCUACACUGCCUCCCUCACCCCAAAGUCCAACCAGGACUACCUCAACACCCUCAGUGCCAACUUCACCACAUUGCCCGAGGUGUUGAGCCCAGCGGUGGUCACGGUGUCAGACUCAGGUCCUGACAGGGUGCGAGUGAGCUGGGGUCCUCUGCAGCCUGAGCAGGUCCAGAGGUACCAGAUAGAGUAUGGAGCUCUACCCAGUGGACAGGUCCACAUGGUUAUGCUACACGGACAUCAGAAUACCACUCUGCUCACUGGUCUAGAGCAAGAGACACAAUACCUGGUCACCAUCAGCGCCCUGUACUCCACUGGCAAAGAGAAGGCAUUGUCUGUCAAGGCCUGCACUCAGGAGGUGCUGCCUGCCCUGGCUGACCUCCAGCUGACCCCAGUGGGGCAUGAUGAGGUGCAGGUCCGGUGGCGAGGCCACGAAGAGGGUCUGAGGGGGUACUGGCUCAGCUGGGAGAGGGGUGAGACAGAGAUCCCCUCCCGCCCUGCGUCCUCUUCCCUAUACCUGCUCCCUGGCUCCUUGUCCACGCUGCUCACACACCUGGCCCCCAGCAGCCGAGUGUGUGUGUCCCCUGUCUACCGCACGGCCCGGGGAGAGGGGCUCUGCUGCACCACACACACACAAACUGGUCUGACUCUACGCACACAGACACACACACACACAGGUUUGCCAGCCUUAUAUUGGACUUGACCGAUUUAUUGAAUCGCCACAUUAUAGUCAUUGUAAUUUUAAGGAAGUAGUCGUCUUCAUAUGGCUAACAGCACUCUUGUGCAACAGGAAAGUAAUAACCCCUUUUUCUCUCUCUCUCUCCUUCUCUCUCACUUUGAUAGAGCAGUAUUUUGCUGUUAUCCAUGAGAUUUGCCUGCAGUCAGAGAGCUUAAGUGGGGGAAAUGUUUUAAAUUUGAAGUGCUUUAUUGACACAUCAAUGCUGUGGUACAAUGGAGUCACAUCUCUAUGUCGCUUCAAACCACUUGAUUAUCCAGUAUUCACACCCCUUGACUUUUUCCACAUUUUGUUGUGUUACAGCCCAAAAUUAAAUGGAUUAAAUUUAGAUUUUUUUGUCACUGGCCUACACACAAUACCACAUAAUGCUUUUCAACAUUUUUACAACUUAAUUAAAAAUGAAAAGCUGAAAUGUCUUGAGUCAAUAAGUACUACAAAAAUACAGGCGUCCUUCGUAACCCUUUUGCCAGAGAGGAAGGAAACCGCUCAGGGAUUACACCAUUAGGCCAAUGGUGACUUUAAAACAGUUACAGAGUUUAAGGGCUGUGAUAGGAGAAAACUGAGGAUGGCUCAACAACAUUGUAGUUACUCCACAAUACUAACCUAAUUGACAUGCAAUCUGUUUGCAACAAGGCAUUAAAGUAAUACUGCAAAAGUAAUACUGCAAGCAAUUACAUUUUUGUCUGAAUACAAAGUGUUAUGUUUGCGGCAAAUCUAAUACAACACACUACUGACUACCACGCUACAUAUUUUCAAGCAUAAUUGUGGUGGCUGCAUCAUGUUAUGGGUAUGCUUGUAAUCGUUAAGGACUGGGGAAUUUUUCAGGAUAAAAAAAUAAACGUAAUGGAGCUAAGCACAGGCAAAAUCCUUUGUCAGUCUGCUUUCCACCGGACACUUUGAGAGGAAUUCACCUUUCAGCAGGACAAUAACGUAAAACACAAAUCCAAAUCUACACUGGAGUUGCUUACCAAGAAGACAGUGAAUGUUCCUGAGUGGCUGAGUUACAGUUUUGACUUCUAUGGCAAGACCUGAAAAUGGUUGCCUAGCAAUAAUUAAGAACCAAUUUGACAGAGCAUGAAAACAUCUGAAAAUAAUAUUUCUGUAUUCCAUUUUCGAUACAUUGGCAAAAAUGUCUAAAAACAUGUUUUCACUUUGUUAUUAUGUUGCAUUGCAUGUACACAAUACAUUUAAGCCAUUUAGAAUUCAAGCUGUAACACAACAAAAUGUGUAAUAAGUAGAGGUAUGAAUACUUUCUGAAGGCCAUGUAAGUGGAUUAUGUUGUCAUUUCAUAAGGAAGAGAGGUCCUGGGUCAUCUUGGUCAAGAUAAAGAAGUGUAGCUUCAGCAUAGAGCUGUUGUGAUCGAAAUUGAUGGAUUCCAUUUCUCUGACUCCAAUGAGAGGGAUUGCCACUGAUGGGGGAUAGGUGGAUGAGGAUGAAGAGAAAGAAGGGUGGAUAGAAGGGAACAAAGAAGACAUAGAACCCCCUAACUUUCUUGAAUAAUCGUAUCUUCUCUCCCAUGAUCCAUCUGGUCAUAUUGUGGGCAUGCUGUUACACAUAGGCAUUUUAACUAUUUCUGAUAAAAGAGAACUAUAUUCACUUCAUAAACAAGAUGUAAAAUCAAAAUGUACUUGUACGCUUUCUCACAUAUUUUCUAUAUUCAGUUUUCAGUUUAGCUUCCACAUAAUAGGCUGCAGUCAACAUAUGAACCCAUCAGCCUGACUCUUGUGAACUUGCUUGUGAAGAUCGCCAUCUAGUGGGAAUAUCUUUUACCACAGGCUGUGACAAUCAGGCCUAUGUUCAACUUUUUCAACUCUUUCUCCGCUACACAGUACACCCCUAAGUGUGAAUAUAAUGCAAAAAACGAAGCCCAUUUUCCAAUUGAACAGCAAUGCAUUGGUCUCAUAUAGAGGGUAGAUAAAUUGCAAUAUCUGAAAACAGGAAAACAUUUCCUCUCACAUCUCAUCUUCUGGGUCGUUCCAUGUCAUUUCAGCAAGCCAUGACACAAACCAUCUCAGAUUGUUCCGAAAUAGUUUCUGUAGUAACAAAGCAGAUUAGAUAAGCAUUCCAGCAACAAUAUUUUGUUGAAAUAUAAUUUGAUCUCUGAGAAAUUAACUAAUUGUUUGCAUCCAAAUUGGCCAUUUAAAUGUAUAGGAUUCAUAUAAUAUUUAAUAAAUAUAGUACCUAACAUCCGAUUUGGACCAAACUUUUUUCUAACAAUGACUAAAACACGAGGAAUCCAAAGAAGUUGUCAAAAGUCACCCACAGACCCCCCACGACAAUCCAGAGGAGGCUUGUGGAAGGAGACAUAGGAGGACGGGCUCAUUGUAAUGGCCGGGAUGGAAUCAAUGGAACGGAGUCCAACCGGUUGUUUCCAUGUGUUUGGUACCAUUUCAUUUAUUCCAUUCCAGCCAUUAUAAUGAGCCCUACCUUCUAUAGCUCCUCCCACCAGCCUACUCUGCGCCAAUCUCACCCCCAACAACUCUAUGCUGCCUCAAUGUUAAUAAAGGGAUAGUUCACGCAAAUUACAAACUGACGUAUUGGUUUCCUUACCCUGUAAGCAGUUUAUGGACAAGGUAUGACAGCAACCGAUGCUUUGGUUUUGUUUACCGAGUCACUGUUUCUUUUUAGCAUUUGUGGCACAUAUCCAAUGCAAGUCAACUGUACCUAUAUUAGCAUUUUUACACUUCAUAUCCACAUCAUCUGUAAGUAACAACAGGAACCGCAUUUCCAUCCACAAGUUUUAGGCCAGUAAAGUCCAACAUAUAAAAAAAACUUGACAGCUGUGAUGGAAACAGGAAGUUUCGUUACAAUUGUAUAAAAAAAAAUAUAUAUUUUACCUUUAUUUAACGAGGCUAGUCAGUUAAGAACACAUUCUUAUUUUCAAUGACGGCAUAGGAACAGUGAACUUGUGAACUGCCUGUUCAGGGACAGAACGACAGAUUUGUACCUAUUCGUUCGACACGGUGGGAUCUUUUUGUGUAUGAAAAAUUAAUUAUGCAAGAAAAGGUGGUGCAAAUUACAAAUAUUGAUAUAAUAACCAUCAUAUCGAAGUAAACUUGGAGUCACAAAGUGAUGUGGUGUGUGGUCCUCCCUAGGGUUGUGGCGGUCAUGACAUUUUGUCAGCUGUGAUUGACAAGCAAAUAACUGCCGGUCUCAUGGUAAUUGACCGUUAAUUAACAGAAACACAUUUAGCAUCUCCUGGCUUCCACACACAGCCUACAAGCCACUGAUGCAGACCUUUGGAACAUCUACAUUUUAAAAAGUCUUAUAAAUGCAUGUAAUACAGCCUAUACCAUCACAAUAAAUUCAUUAUUUAUUUUAGACAGGUCUAAAGAAGUCUAUUUCAGAAUAACAGAAUACCAUACUCUUGAGUUGUCCUUGUGUUAGGCCCUGAUAUGGCUAUGCCAUAUGGCUAGUUAAUUUAGUAGACAAGAUUUGCUUAGAAUUCCAUUGCAUUAUUUUAUAGUAUGAAGAAUACAAUUGAAUAAAAUAGCAAAUAUAUUUUCUCCAAAGAUUUAAGAUGUAAGAUUUAAGCUUUAAUGUGGCUAUUCUGUGUUGAGCAGUUAACAACGUGGUAUUAUGGUCACCAUAACAGCCCUAGGACUCUUCCCACUAUGACUCGGGAAAGCAUGCAGUUUCUUAGGCUACAGAUGAAAUAAAUGAUAAUGAACUUCACAGGGUGGUGAAAGUACACAGUACAGUGAUGACUUUGAUGCUCUUUUCCAAUAAAUAUUGAAGGUCUUGUUCUGGUGACAUGAUGAUCGAUGCUUGACUGCCGUUUGACAAAUAAAAAUAUUCUGUCUCUUAUCCAUAAUAAUCUCAUCAUGUAGACUCACUAGACUAUCUGCACAGCCUACCCGCACUGCAAGUUGUUGGCUAAAGAGCGCAUGUGCCAAGACCAGAUAGGCACAUUUGCUAUUUUACUCAACAGUUUUGUUGACAAAACUAUUGAUGGAAAAUGCCAUGGAAACACAUUUAAAAUGUUUAUUCGGUAUAUGAAAACUUGAGCGAAAAACUACAUUUUUGUGUGCACUAAGUCAUCACCUACUAAUUGUUUUUUGGAAAGAAGUCAGUUUGGUGGAAACACACCACAGGUGGGAAAAUGUGCAUAUUUUCUUUAUGUGGAUUUUAGAAAAUUCACAUGAAAAUCUGUUGCCAAUUGGAUGGAAACCUAGCUAUUGAGUUACACAAUACAUGUUUUGGUCCAUUAGGAAGAUUUGGACAUGAAGUGUGAAAAUGCUAAUAUAGGUACCAUUGACUUGCAUUGGAUUUGUGCCACAAAUGCAAGAAACUUUAGUGUUUACCUGGUAAGGAAACGAACAUUGAGGGAAGGGAAUUAUAUAUAUUUUGUAUCACCUAAUAGCAGGAACAGCACCAUCUAGUGGUCAGAACCUGGUAGUAUCAGGGUGUAUAACGGCACAUAAACCUAACAACUUCAAUGAUUGAUUUCUAUAAACGGGGACAGCACCAAAUUCACUGAGAAUGCAUUACAUAGGAUAAAGAAACAAUACUCCGAGCCGCAGCUCCAUACUACUUUUCAGACAUAGAGAACUGAUGAUAUAUACUCGUUGUUGGGGUGGUUUUGGUGUGGUGUGUCCGUGGGUGGCUUUUCAGAUUCGUCAUGUGUAUUUCAUUGUUAGUAAAAUAUUUGGUGGAAAUCGGAUUUUAAGUACUAUAUUUAUUGAAUAUUAUACGAAUCUUAUACAUUUAAAUGGCCAAUUUGGGUGCAAUCAAUUAGAUUCAUUUCUCAGAGAUCAACAAAAUAAUUUUGCAGGAUUGCUAAUCUAAUCUGUUUCUAACUACAGAAAUGAUUUAUGAACAAUCUGAGAUGGUGGGUGUCGAAAUAAUUUCUUGUACUUUUUCAAGUGGAACGACCCUUGUAUUCUAUGUACUCAAUGUUAAUAUCAUAUGAUGUAAUAAAACGAGUGUAAAUUGCU